AUGGCAGAAACGAAAGCUUACGAGAAGACAGCAAUUUUGUCUGUCUACGAUAAAACCGGACUACUUGACCUUGCCAAGGGCCUCAUUGCCCACAAGGUGAGAUUGCUAGCUUCCGGAGGCACAGCCCGUCUUUUGAGGGAGUCAGGUUUCCCGGUGGAAGAUGUUUCAACCAUUACCCAUGCCCCAGAGAUGCUUGGUGGCCGGGUUAAAACUUUGCAUCCUGCAGUUCAUGGAGGUAUUUUGGCAAGAGACACGGAGUCUGACAACAAGGAGCUGGCCCAGUACCACAUUGAAAAGGUGGACUUCGUCGUUUGCAACUUGUACCCAUUUGAGGAAACAGUUGCCAAGAUAAAUGUGACAAUUGCGGAGGCAGUUGAGCAGAUUGAUAUUGGAGGAGUCACCUUGCUCCGUGCAGCAGCCAAGAAUCAUGCGAGAGUGACGAUUGUUUCGGAUCCAAACGACUAUCCGGCAUUCCUCGAGGAUCUCCAGCAGUACAACGAGAUUUCGGAGCCCCUCAGAAAGAAGUUUGCACUAAAAGCCUUCGAGAGAACUGCACAGUACGAUUCGGAUAUAUCUGACUUCUUCAGGAAGAAAUACGCAGAGGGAACCUGCCAGCUCCCUCUCAGAUAUGGUGUGAAUCCUCACCAGAAGCCUGCCCAGGCCUUCAUGAAGGUCGGAAAGCUUCCAUUCACAGUUUUGAACGGUGCUCCAGGCUACAUCAACCUUCUUGAUGCUCUUAACUCGUGGCCUUUGGUCAAGGAGCUUUCUGCAUCUUUGAAUCUUCCUGCUGCUGCAUCCUUCAAGCACGUUUCACCAGCUGGUGCUGCAGUUGGCAUCCCAUUGACCGAGACCGAGAAGAAGGUUUUCUUUGUUGAUCACAUCAAGAACCUCUCACCUUUGGCAAAUGCUUACGCCAGGGCCAGGGGUGCCGACAGAAUGUCGUCAUUCGGUGAUUUCAUUGCUCUUUCGAACAUUGUCGAUGUCCCUACUGCCACCAUCAUCUCUAAGGAGGUUUCAGACGGUGUUAUUGCUCCAGGCUACGAGCCUGAAGCUUUGGCGAUCUUGAAAAAGAAGAAGAGAGGUAAGUACUGCAUUUUGCAGAUUGAUCCAAACUACAAUCCACCUUCCAAGGAGACCAGGCAGGUGUACGGAGUGUGCUUGGAGCAGAAGCACAAUGAUGCCAUCAUCAACUCGUCGUCGUUCAAAGAGAUUGUUUCUCAAAACACCAAGCUCACCGACCAGUCCAUCAUUGAUUUAACCGUUGCUACAAUUGCCUUGAAGUACACGCAGUCGAACUCAGUGUGCUACGCUAAAAACGGUAUGGUUGUUGGUCUUGGAGCCGGCCAGCAAUCACGUAUUCACUGUACGAGAUUGGCAGGAGACAAGUGCAACAAUCUUUGGUUCAGGCAGCACCCAAGAGUGCUUUCCAUGAAGUGGGCGCACGGAGUUAAGAGACCUGAAAAGGCCAAUGCAAUUGACUUGUUUGUGACUGGACAGAUUCCAACCGAGGAGCCUGAAAAGAGCGAUUACGAGUCGAAGUUUGCCGAAAUUCCAAAGCCUUUGUCUGCCGAGGAGAGAAAGGAGUGGCUUUCGAAACUUACGGAUGUUGCACUUUCGUCAGAUGCAUUUUUCCCAUUCUCGGACAAUGUUUUCAGGGCUGCUCGUUCCGGUGUCAAGUACAUCGCUGCACCAUGUGGAUCCAUUAACGACAAGGCGGUGAUUGAUGCUGCCAAUGCUCGCGGUAUUGUUUUUGUCGAGAAUCCAAUCAGGUUGUUCCACCAUUAG